AGGCAGUCAAAACUAAACGGAGUCCGGAAAGCAGCCAAAGAAAGUCUCGGAAGUCAAGAAGCACUUAAAACCCUAGCAAACCCCCGCAACCCUCUGAACGGCUACACUCUCUGCAAUGGCUGAGGAAGAAUUAGGGUUUACAUUUGAACCACCAAGCGACGAAGAAAUCGAUGAUUACGCGAACCAGAGCAGCGACUCAGAUUCAGAACAACAAGAACACAAUCAACAAGCCUCAUCUGAAGAAGAAAAUGAUGAUGUUGUUCACAACAAGAAAAAGCAGUCGCCUUGGGACUUCUCCUCUUUCACCGAGUCUGUCGCCGACGAACACGCUCGCCGGAGUACUACUUCUAUUGAUUAUAAGAUUAGUAAGGCGAUUCAGCAACUCGCGAUUUCUAUUCCGAAAGAUGACGAGGUUGACGUAGAUGAGAAACCGGACCGGCAGGAGCCAUUUAGGGAUGAAGAUGGUGACGAAGAUGCAGGUGCUGAACAUGGCGAGAAGAAGGCGAAGCCGUUCUUUUCCUCGGCAGACGGAGUUUCUUUUCGCGCAAAUUCAUUUAUGGAGUUAAAUUUAUCCAGACCCUUACUUCGUGCCUGUGAAAUCUUGGGAUAUAAUAAGCCUACACCUAUUCAGGCUGCUUGUAUACCUUUGGCAAUAAAUGGACGUGAUAUAUGUGCAAGUGCUAUUACUGGUUCAGGAAAGACAGCUGCCUUUGCUCUACCAACACUGGAGAGAUUACUGUGUCGUGCCAAAGGAACACCUCCAGCUGUAAGAGUACUUAUUCUCACUCCAACUAGGGAGUUGGCUGUCCAGGUUCACAGUAUGGUAGAAAAACUUGCUCAGUUUGUGAAAGAUAUCAGGUGCUGUUUGGUGGUUGGUGGGCUUUCUACAAAGUUGCAAGAAUCAGCAUUGAGGUCCAAACCGGAUAUUGUCGUGGCCACUCCUGGACGUAUGAUUGAUCAUAUACGGAACUCUAUGUCUGUACAUCUUGAUGAACUUGCAGUCUUAAUCCUUGAUGAGGCAGACCGUCUUCUAGAGCUUGGAUUUAGUGCUGAAAUACGUGAACUGAUAAGGGAAUGUCCUAAACGGAGACAGACAAUGUUGUUUUCUGCAACCAUGACGGAGGAAGUUGGUGAGCUUAUCAAGCUAUCUAUGAACAAACCCAUGCGUCUCUCAGCUGACCCAUCUACAAAAAGACCAGCAAGAUUAACAGAAGAAGUAAUUAGAAUACGACGGACAAGGGAAGGAAACCAAGAGGCUGUUGUUCUGGCUAUAUGUUCCAAGACAUUCACGUCCAAAGUUAUUAUAUUCAGUGGAACAAAACAGGCUGCACAUAGGUUAAAGAUGUUGUUUGGAUUAGCUGGAUUUAAAGCUGCCGAGCUUCACGGAAAUCUCACUCAAGCACAGCGCCUUGAUGCAUUAGAACUUUUCCGGAAGCAGGGAGUGGAUUUUUUGAUUGCUACAGAUGUUGCUGCUCGUGGACUUGAUAUUAUUGGUGUUCAAACAGUUAUAAAUUACUCAUGCCCUCGUGAUCUUAAUUGCUACAUCCAUCGGGUUGGUCGAACAGCUAGAGCUGGUCGAGAGGGAUAUGCUGUUACUUUUGUUACUGAUAAUGACAGAUCACUACUUCAUGCUAUUGCAAAAAGAGCUGGUUCGAGGUUGAAAAGCCGAACUGUUGCAGAGCAAUCGAUAAAUAAAUGGGCCGAGUUAAUUGAUCAAAUGGAGGAUCAAGUUGCUUUAAUUCUUCAAGAAGAAAGGGAGGAGAUGGCCCUGAGAAAAGCUGAAAUGGAGGCCACAAAGGCGGAAAACAUGAUCCUACACAGAGAUGAGAUAUAUUCACGCCCUAAAAGAACUUGGUUUGCAACAGAAAAGGACAAAAAACUUAUAGCUAAAUCCGUCAAGGAAUCUCUUGAGAAAGGAGCAGGUUCUGGAAAUCAAGUUAUAAGUGCCCAGCAGGCUGAGGACGUUAAAAUGAAGGAGAAGAAAAAGCGAGAACGAGAGAAAAAUCUGCCUAGAAAGAAGAGGAGGAAGCUAGAAGCAGCCAGAAUGGAAUUAGAGGACGACAAUGAAUUUGAGAGUCAUGGGAAAGAUAAAAAGGAAAAAGGGAUAUCUCUGGUUGAUGUGGGUAAAAUUCGAGCCAAGUCAGCGAAAGCUGCAAUGAAGUCGGCAGAAGCUGGCAAGAACCCGAGAAAACAGAGUAACAAGUCUAAACGUCCUUCCAAACUUCCUCAAUCAAGAACAUCAGAAAUGCAGGAACUUUUCCAGAGCGACAUGAGUGAGAAAAGACAGAAAAGAGUUGGGCUGGGUGUUGGAAAGAAGAAAUCCUCAUUCAACAGCAAGUCAAGGUACAAAAGAAAAUAGUUGCAUUGAUGACUGCGAUGAAAGUGGCUUGUAACCUACCUCUAAUUAGGUAGAAGGCAAGAUGAGCUGGUUAGAUGCUUGGUUGCAAGAUUAUCUUGAAAUUCUAUCUGCUACCAAACCUGAAAAAUGUUUGGUACUCAUCGGUUUUAUAAACCUAGCCUCAACUUAUCACUCUGGCUCUUUUGCAGCUGGAUUAGUCAUACAAUUUUUUUGACAGGAUGAACAUGGGUUUACAUUUACUAAUGAUUAGCCAAAGGUUUAUAGUCGGGGUCUUGCAAUUGUUUUGGGUCUGUGAAAUAGUGAAUUGUAUUAAAAGUAUCUUUAGGUUACUGAAAAUGAAUUUUUACACCUGUUGUACUCGAACUUGAAGCAGAAUGAAGAGACUCUGUAUUCAGUUUAUCGAAUUAAUAUGAUUUUUUUUAA